ACCUCUGAUUCACGGCCAUCAUUACAAGCCGACGAAAAAACCACCUCUCCGAUGGUGAAAGGAAGUGAUUGAAACAGGGAAAUCCGGAAAGCACACACACCCAUUUCAGAGGACGCAGGAUAAUUUAAAAAAUCCCCCACCCCUUCGCAUACAUCCUUCCCCUUCCCUCUAGGAGAAAGCCCAAAUCAUGAGAUAAGAAGCAACAAAACAUGGCUCCUUCCUUUUCCUCCUCCUUCUCUUCUUCCUCUUCUUCAUCCAAAUCCCCUCCUCCCCUGCAGCACUCCCCACGUUUCACUCCAAUUCAAGAAUGCGAAAGGGAAGAACUUGAGGAUGCAACCCCAAGUGCUAGAAGAAUGACGCCAAAGCACAUCCCGACGCCUCUCCACGACAGAAGCAAGAAGGCCAACGCUAGGAAACACCAUGAAUCGGGUGCUGAAGGUUCUGUCUCAUGCAACAAUUGCAGGCCACAUGCUCGAGAAAAGAUAUCUGUGGUUCCUCUGGAUAACAAUGGUGUCGACAAGCAUCAAUCUGUCUCCAUGGCUAGUCCCAACGGCAUUUUCAAGUCCAUUUUCCAUUCUUUAACGAGCUGGAGGAGUCCAAAACCGACGGAUACACCCUCAGCGAGAGAAGAGCGAUGGAAGGUCGCUGUUGCUGAGCUCUCAAAUAAGCUCAUUCAAGUAACAAGGAAGAGAGAUGAGGCAGUGCUGGAGGCUUCAAGGUUAAAAUACUCCAUGACAGAGCUUGAGAAAAAGCUUAGCAAGCUUGAAGUUUACUGUCACAAUCUGAAAUCCGGGCUCGAUGAAUGCAGUGGGAAUUCCCCUUACAGAACCGGCAAAGGUCACAGCUUCUAUCAAGCGAUGAAUCAAGAUGGUGGUGUUGGUUUCAACGAGAAAGUGAUUGACCAAUUUUUGGUUUGUGUCUCUGAAGCUAGAUCUUCAAUUAGACUAUUGAGCAAAUCCCUUACAAUGCAACUGAAGCACAUGGGAGGCAAAGUUUAUGAGAGAAUAUCUGUUCUUUUGCAGCCUUAUGAUAUAAAGGUUUCUUACUCCAAGAGUCCCAAGACCCUUGUUUUUCCCCUUGAAGCUUUGCUGAAUAAGGCCUUCUUUGAAGAUUUUGAGUCCACUGGCUUUGAAAAGAACUCAGUGAACCAAAUCUUGAAUCCUAUAGAUCGUUGUGAAGCUAAUUAUCGGUCAUUCAAUGAAUUGCAUGGUCUAACAUGGGAAGAGGUCUUGAAUAAAGGGACAAGGCACUUCAGUGAGGAGUUUAGUAGGUUCUGUGAUAGAAAGAUGAGUGAGAUUGUGGCUAUGUUGGGAUGGAACAGAGCUUGGCCUGAACCACUGUUGCAAGCAUUCUUUGGUGCAUCCAAGUGGGUGUGGUUGGUGCACCUCUUGGCCAACUCGGCCCAUCCAGCCCUGCCUAUCUUUAGGGUGGAUAAGGGGGUGAGGUUUGAUCCGGCGUACAUGGACGACAUGGGUGGAGAAAGGGCUAAGAAAUUGGUCCCAAGCAUGGUUCGGAUCAUGGUUACACCUGGUUUCUAUGUGGAUAACAAUGUGGUCAAGUGCAAGGUGCUUUGCAGGUACAACAACAAUGUUGACAAUUGCAGAAUUGAUGAUAAGGGUUUAAUCAUAUCACCGUAAUUAGGGUAUAUGAUCAAUUCGAGUUUGAAUUGUUUAUCUUGAUAACUACUUUGUCAUUCGUAGUAUUCUGUUUAAUUGCUGGUUUAUAUCAAGAUUAAUGGGUGUUGAAGAUCCAUCUCUGGGGCUUUCAGUUGUUGGAUCUUUUUGGGAUUUGGCAGUUUUCUUGUCCACUUUGUUUUACUCUACGUUUGGUCUAUUUCAUCUUUGUGGGAGGUGGGACGUGGAAUGUAUGUGGAUAGAAUUAUUGUUCGUCACAAGAAGAGAGGUAAAGGGGGAGAAAAAAAAAAAAAAAGGGAAAUAAAAACCGCUGUGAAGUGGGACGUUUAUCUUGUAUUUGAAUCUUUUGCUUCAUACAUGAGGAGGGAUAUGAAUGUACCUGUCAUUGAUAAAAAAAACAUGUACCGUAUUAUUAAUUGAGUUAUAAAUUUAUGUGUUUUAA